GCAACAAAGAAAGUCCAUAGACUUUUGGAUAACCCCUUGUAAUAUUAUAUUUUUUUCAUUUUGAUUUAAACUUUUUGUUGUAGGCAUGUUUGAUGCUGUCAUUGGAAAGUGUUUACCCACCUGCCCACCAGCUUGCAUUAGACAUGCUUACAAGACUGGCUACUGCCAAUGAAGAGAUUAUAGAAGUUUUGUUAUCUAAACACCAACUUCUCCCAGCUGUGAGGUUUAUAAGAAAGGCAGGUAUCACUGACACAGUUUCAUCUAGAAAAUUUCUAGAAGCUGCCAUGAACACAGAGGACAAUCAGCUAUUUUACACAGUCUUCAAAUUCUUUCAACAAAGAAACAUUCGAAUGAGAAGCAGUCCAGUAUUUCAACCAGGAGAGCACUGUGAACUUUAUGUUAAACAUUUUGAGAAGUUGUUUGGUGCAGAUGCAUUAAUGCCAUUCUCUAGUUCAACAUAGGCCAUGACUGGAAAAUGUUUUCAUAGGUGAGUAAAAGAAAGAAAGACAUGUGAUAACAGGAAAAUAGGACAAUAUUAUAUGACAUAAAGAGGAUAAAAACAUUAUAUCAACAUAACUGAAUAAGAUGGUAGCAAAAAGGACAAAGCAAAUUAUAUAGAAAAAUAGGACAAAAUAAGAUGAUAGAAUAAGACAAUGUAACAUUACAGGAAAAUAGGACAUUGAAAAAUUUUCAGCAAAGGACAAAGCAAUAUUACUGAAAAAUAGGAUAAUAUUGAAUUAUAGAAUAGGACAAUGUAAUAUUUCAGGAAAAUAGGACAUUUUAAGAUGAAAACAAAGAGGAAAAAGCAAUAUUAUUGGGAAAAUAGGACAAUAUUGAAUGACAGAAAAGGACAAUAUAAUAUUACAGGAAAAUAGGACAUUUUAAGAUGAAAACAAAGAAGAAAAAGCAAUAUUUUUGGGAAAAUAGAAGAUUCAAGAUUGCUGCAAAAAUAGAACUUUACAAAGUGGAUGAAAAAUAGAAUAGAACUAUUCAUUAUGUUUUUAAUAUGACUUCAGCAGUUGUUGCUAUAGUUUGUAUAUAAGGAUUGAAGACUUGUAAGAAUGGCAAAAUAUAGGACCAUGCAUCAUAUAAGUAAUAAUAUUUAUGAUGUUUUAUUUUUUACAGGGGAAGGUGCAAUACAGUUAUUCUAUUAU